AUCAGCCAUCACAAUAGCAAGCAUUAUAUUUCUCUGAGUUUCUUAAAAACAUCGAUCAUGGCGAUUCGCUUGCCUGGCGUUGUUCACGCUAAGCAGUUCCUCCGAAGGUCUUCUUCGGUUGGUUCUAAAGAUGUUCGAAAGGGGUAUUGCGCAGUUUACGUUGGAGAAAGUGAAAAGAAACGUUUCGUGAUCCCGGUGUCGUAUUUGAACCACCAAGAGUUCAAGGUUUUGCUUAGCCAAGCUGUAGAAGAAUAUGGAUAUAACCAUCCCAUGGGUGGUCUAACAAUUCCUUGCGGAGAAGACAUCUUCAUCAAUCUUACUGCUCGCUUAAGUGGAUGAAAGGGGAAAAAAGGAAGGGAAAAACCGCCGAUUAGAACUCGAAAGUUCUGCAAUUUCGAGUGCUUGAUAGCUCUUCAAGGCUUGCAAUUGAUUGAUGAUUAUAUGGAAGGUGUGCUUCUCGACCUGUUCAUGGUGGAGACUCAUUCAGAAU